AGAUGCUAAGAGUGAGUGAGUCAGAAGCACAUGAGUUGUAAGAGCUUGAACUCCAGAGACCAGAUCAGGCAAGACUGCUUAAUACCAUCACAUGAUCUGCCCUGAGGCACCCUGUAUUUAAUUAAAAUAAGGAGUGGGGCGCAGCAGAGGCUAGAAGAGCACUGUUGUUCUUAGCGGGUGGAGCCAAGGGAGUUAAAAGUUAAACCUUGAUUGCCUGGGUCUGUGAGAAUUCAGCAUGGAAUGUUUCUCCUGUUUCCUGGGGUUGCUGCUGCUGCUGGCUGCAAGAUUGCCUCUUGAUGCUGCCAAACGAUUUCAUGAUGUGCUGAGCAAUGAAAGAACUUCUGGUUAUAUGAGGGAGUACAACCAACUCAAUGGUUGGUCUUCAGAUGAAAAUGAGUGGAAUGAAAAACUGUAUCCAGUGUGGAAAAGGGGAGACUCAAGGUGGAAAAACUCCUGGAAAGGAGGCCACGUGCAGGCGAUUCUGACCAGUGAUUCACCCGCACUUGUGGGCUCUACUAUAACGUUUGUGGUAAACCUGGUAUUCCCCAGAUGCCAAACGGAAGAUGUCAGUGGCAACAUAGUUUAUGAGAAGAACUGCAGAAAUGAUACUGGUCCAUCUUCUGACCAGUAUGUUUACAACUGGACGGAGGAGGUUGACUCGGGAAAUGGCAACAGCCCAGGCCAUCAUAACGUGUUCCCUGACGGAAAGCCUUUCCCUCACCACCCCGGAUGGAAGAGAUGGAAUUUUGUCUACGUCUUUCACACACUUGGUCAGUAUUUCCAGAAAUUAGGACGGGGUUCAGCAAGAGUUUCUGUAAACACAGCCAAUGUGCCACUUGGCCCUCAACUUAUGGAAGUAACUGUUUAUAGAAGACACCGACGGGCAUAUGUUCCUAUUGCAAAAGUGAAAGAUGUGUACGUGGUAACAGAUCACAUUCCUGUGUUUGUGACUAUGUACCAGAAGAAUGAUCGAAAUUUAUCUGAUGAAACCUUCCUCAGGGACCUCCCCAUUAUGUUCACUGUCCUGAUUCAUGACCCCAGUCACUUCCUCAAUGAGUCGGCCAUUUACUACAAGUGGAACUUCGGGGAUAAUACUGGUCUGUUUGUUUCCAACAAUCCAACUUUGAAUCAUACAUAUGUGCUCAAUGGAACCUUUAACCUUAACCUCACUGUGCAAGCUGUGGUGCCUGGACCCUGUCCUUCACCUUCACCCAAACCUCCAAAACCCACCUCUUUUCUACCAUCAGCUAGUGACAACCCUCUGAAGCUGAGGGAGAGUCCAGAUGAAAUGUGCCAGAUUUACAGAUACGGUUACUUUAAAGCCACCAUCACAAUUGUAGAGGGAAUUCUAGAGGUUAACAUCGUCCGGAUGACAGAUGUUCUGAUGCCCGUGCCACAGCCUGACAACUCCCUGAUGGAUUUUGUCGUGACCUGCCAAGGAACAAUCCCCACAGAGGUCUGUACCAUAGUUUCUGACCCAACCUGCCAGCUCGCCCACAGGACAGUGUGCGACCCUGUGGAUGUGGACGUGGCUGGCAUGUGCUUGCUGACCGUGAGAAGAGCCUUCACCGGGUCUGGGACAUAUUGUAUGAACCUCACCCUGGGUGAUGAUACUAGUUUGGCCCUUACGAGCACCCUCGUCUCUGUCCCUGCAAGAGACCCACCUUCCCCUUUAAGAAUGGCAAAUGGUGCCCUGGUCUCCGUUGGCUGCUUGGCCAUAUUCAUCACUGCGAUCACCCUUUUGGUGUACAAAAAACGCAAGGGAUACAAACUGAUAGAAAACAGUACUGGGAUCGUAGUCAAAGGCAAUGGCCUCGGUGUUUCCCUCAACCGUGCAAAGGCCAUGUUCCGCCCUGGAAACCAGGAAAAAGAUCCACUGCUCAAUCACCAACCGGGAAUUCUUUAACUCUUCAGCUUUAUUUCUGACCAACAGCUUACUCCAGUGCCAUUUAUGUGAGCUGUGCCAGAACUGAUGACUAUUAACUUUUUUUCCUAAAAAUUAUUAUUAGAAUAUAUAUUGUGGCUUAGGGAGGUCCAAAGGUUUUUUGGGGUUUCGUUUUGUUUUGUUUUGUUUUGUUUUGUUUAUGGGCUAAAUGACAUUUUAGAGAAGUAGAGAGGAAUUAUACUGUGCACAACCUCAGCCAUGUUACAGAACUGAUAAAACCAGUUAGCAGUGCUUUUUUUUCAUUAUGAUGUAUGUUUCAGUUAUAAUGUGUUAGGUGAUUAGUGGGAUAGAUACACUCUGUCCAAAGAAUAGGGGGAGAAGAUACUAUUCAUUAGAGUCUUGCCUAGGUUCACUGGAAGGAGAGGCUGGACACUUUCUAGCUAUCCGUAUAACCAAAUGCAUAACUCCAAUGUAUUCCUGUUCUUAAGAUCAUGUUCCAACCUAACUGAAUUCUACUUCAAUGAACAUGCAUGAGCUCCCAGCAAAACAGUAACAAGCCAAACAUGCUUCUUAUACUAAAAAAUGUGUAUAUACUAAUCUCA